AACGUAAAGCACAGAGAAGACAACGGGCCACAAACGUCAAAUCAACAUAUUGACAAGGAGCACUGCGUGGCGUGGAAGCAGCGAUCUACGGGUCUCCAGGAGAGUCACUUCGUCUUCAUCCAUAUCUCUCCUCUGAGGUAGCAGAAAGUCAGCAUAGCGACCACCCGCUGGCACUGCACAGCAAAACAUAAAUGAUCUGGGAAUGAUCAGAGGUGGUGGAAGUCAUCUACUCCAGCAGUGUGGCUCUGAGGGGGAGAAACGCCGCCUCUUCAAACACAGUGUCCCGUUUCAAGGAUUCUUGUCAGCAAACAGAUAACACACUGAAGUGUCCUUGAGCAAGACAAUGAAUCUCUAAUGACCUCAGGGUGCUGCUUUGUGGCUGAGACUGAUACCUCAUUUUACCUUAAAUGAAGACUCCAUUUCAAUUCCUUACUUAACCAAAUAGCACACAUUUGAUUUUGAUUUUACAGGAAGACAAACAAUGUUAAUUUGAUAAUUUGAUAAUGAAGUAAUCAUUGGCAUAUUUCACUGGAGAAAUGUAAGUGUAAGUAUGCCUCUGAAAUGUGUUGCAUUAUACUGCCAUCUAGAGGAAGCUACAUUAAAACUGCCAGACUGAUAAUGUUCCCUUGUAUGGUACUCCCUCUGUGUGGGCAGAUUAGGAAUUACAGGUGAAUAAACACAACCAGACUUUAAAAACCAGUCAGGUCGAUAUCUCACCCAUAUUUGUUACCAUAAUUUGAGAAAGAUUUGUGUGUGUGUGUUUGGUUAUAAGCUGGAGCUGGAGGAAAUAUCAGCAUACUGUAUGCCUAACAUUUUCAAGGUCAUGCCCCACUAUCUUUCCCUCAAACCCCACUGUUCAGCCAAGCAGAAAAGAUUAAAAAAGUAAACAAAGUAUGAGCAGUGGUUGACUGCGUACCCGUGAGUUAAUGACUUUGCUUCUUACUCUAACCAGCUGUGCUCUCUGCCAGUGCCUCUUUAUACUGUUCGGUUUUUGCUCCCGGUAUCUUGAUCUCCUGACCAAUUUCAUGAUGUGGCCUUCGAAAACCUGGCAAAAGAUGAGUGCAUCGGAUUGGUCCAACCUGACCCUUAACCUGGAGGAGUCCCUGACCAGUGCUUUGGGUCAUUACCUGGACAACUGGAGGCGCAACGUGACAGCUGCUGCCAACAGUUUGGAUAAGAUUAUGGCUGAGGAGAACUUCAGGAACGUCAUCUGGUAUCUGGCAGUGAUGAUUGGCAUGUUUGCCUUCAUUGUUGUGGCCAUCCUGGUGAGCACAGUCAAAUCCAAGAGGAGAGAGCAUUCCAAUGACCCUUACCACCAAUACAUCAAGGAGGACUGGACUGCUCAGAUACCACAGAAUGACGUCAUUAGAUAGACACUUAACUCACAGCAAAUCAUUAUUAUCAUCAGUAGCAGGAGCAGCAGCAUAACUAUAACAGAUUUUCACAAAAGUGGUCCUUUCUCAUGAUCAAAUUUGUAAUCAGAAUAAUAAAGUCUAAUUGAUAAUAAACGUG